AUGAGACUCUACUUGAUCCGGCAUGCUGAGAGCGAACACAACGUCGCCCAAGUCUACGCGGGCGUCACGGACUCGGCGUUGACGAACCAUGGGAUGCUUCAGACCGAGAAGCUAGCCGGCUACCUUCGUCGGCAGGGUGUGCAGUUCACUCGCAUCUUCUGUUCUCCCUUGCAACGCGCUCGGGUUACAGCUGAUGCACUGAAAGACAUUUACCGUGAUGCUGUGGGAAAGCCAGUCGUCGUACCCUGUCUUCGCGAGAAGGAUUACGGGUCUCUCGAAGGCAAGUCGUGGGUGUCAACCAACGUCAAUGCCAUCGAGAAGCAAGCCGGGUUUGUUCCUGCAGAGUCGUAUGACGAAUUAUCCUUGAGAGCGAGGGAGUUUGUCAAUGACUUUCUGUUGCCCGUUCUAUGCGAUAGCCGUGGCCAUGAUACUGUCGCUGUCGUGUCCCACGGAGUUUUCUUGUCUGUCAUCUGGCGGACGCUGAAGCAAAUGCGUGUCCCGCAGUUGCCUUCCAGCUCUCAUGCCAUUGUGGACCACUCUUCUGUCAUGUGGUCAAAUACAGGCUAUCUGGAACUUGAUCUAAGCAUGACGUCGGCUACUGAUGAGGACCAGGCGGUCUUACCGCCCAGCCUGACCAUCCGCGUCAUGGCUAUCAACAGUUGUCAACAUCUAGCUAACUUGAAGCGCACCAGGGGCAUCAGCAGCUCCAAACAUGACCCAAAACAACGGAGGAUGGAAUCCUUCUUCCGCCGUCGACCAUGA